GCCUUAGUGCCUGGUUUCUUCACGAAGAUAGAGGAAAAGAGAAAAGGGAACCGUGCCAAUGGGCUGUUGAAGAACAGAAAACACGAAGCGACUUCUCUUGGACUUUUACCCUUUUAAUGUUCCAUAUUUCUGGAUUAUAAUAUCACGGACUGGAGAUAAAGGCAACGCGAUGGCCCAAUCGUACUGAGUAGCUCGCGUCGGGGGGGAGCGGAGCGCGGAGAGGAAGAGACAUUUCUGGGGAAAUUGUCUGAAGAUAUAGGACGGCAGUUACCCUAAAUCCCCCCACACAGUUUCCAGUCCCGGAAUCCUGCUCUGCAUGACGCUAAUGGCUUUCUCAAUAUAUAACCCCCGGUCACAUUUUUAAUCAUAGCCUACCAUGUUCUAGGUCGCGCCGUGGUCUAUUUUAGGUUCGCACUCGUUGUGGUUCUUUUUCUUUCUUUUAAUCGAAAUCACAAUACAUCUGUUUUUGAUAUAUAUGUCCAGUGGCAGCGUUCGUCUCGCUGCGGGUAUACAUAUAAGUAUGGAUUUCAACAGUUGCGGAGGGGGCAGCGAGCUGCACAACAAUCACUACCACCACACAGAGGAGAGCAAACCUUUACUGGGGGAGAUGUCUACGCCGACGCCGCCGGAGGGGAACAAUAAUAAUAAGAUGGGCGCCGGGCCGUAUCGGAGGACCCUGAUCCCCUCCAGCACCGGGAUGCGAUACAAGCUGCUCCAGGAGGGAGAUGCCCAGGUCUGUGUGGUCAAACACCCUCGCACCUUCCUCAGCAAGCUCCUCACUUCUAAAUUCUUACGUCGAUGGGAGCCGCACCACCUCACACUGACGGACUGCAGCCUCGCCUCGGCCACGCCUUUAGGGUACAUGGAGACACCCCUGUCCUACAGCAGUAUAGAGGACCUGCAGCUGCUGUCCUGGGACAACGCCCCCAAAUACUGCCUCCAGCUCAGCUUCCCCGGGGGAACCAUCCUGCUGCAGGCAGCGAACAGUUAUGUGCGGGACCAGUGGUUUCACUCUCUGCAGUGGAAGAAAAAGCUGUAUAAGUACCGGAAGGUUCUGACCAAGCCGAGCCGGUGGGAGGUGGUGCUGAAGGAGAUUCGGGCGCUGGUGGAGCUGGCCCUCACCUCGCCUCUGCAGGACGACUCCAUCCACCAGGCCCCCCUGCACAUCAUCUCCACCCUGCUGGCUGAGAACACCAACCUGAGCCCCCAGGAACAUGAGAACAUCAUCGUGGCCAUCGCCCCUCUGCUGGAGAACAACCCCCCACCACCUGACCUGUGUGAAUUCUUCUGCAAGCACUGUCGCGAGCGUCCGCGGUCUAUGGUCGUGAUCGAAGUGUUCACACCUGUGGUCCAGAGAAUCCUCAAACACAACAUGGAUUUUGGGAAGUGCCCCCGACUGCGUCUCUUCACUCAAGAGUACAUCCUGGCCCUCAACGAGCUCAACGCUGGCAUGGAAGUGGUCAAAAAAUUCAUACAAAGCAUGCACGGUCUGACUGGGCAGUGCCCCCACCCCCGUGUUCUCCCUAACCUGGUGGCUGUGUGCCUGGCUGCCAUCUACUCCUGCUACGAGGAAUUCAUCAACAGCCGGGACAACUCCCCCAGUCUGAAGGAGAUCCGGAACGGCUGUCAGCAGCAGAGCGACAGGAGGCCCACCCUACCCCUGCGCUUGCUCCGCCCGGGCACGCCCACGCCCCCGACCACGCCCUCGCCCCCCGGGCAGUCCCCGCUGCCCCUCUCCCCGCCCCCGGCCUCGGUGGUGAACUCCAGCGAGGUCCUGGUGGAACUGGAGCGGAACAACAACGUGGCCAACAGCCGGCUGAAGGGCCCGGCGGGGGGCCACAGCGAGCCCAACCUCAUCGACUGCCUGCUGGGGAGCCCCGCCCUCAGCGCCCUGACCAUCCAGCUGCCGGCCCAGGCCAACCGCGUGCUGCGCUGCUUCGCCCUCAUCCUCAAGAUGCUGUCUGACUAUGAUGACUGGAGACCUGCUCUGGCCAGCCUGUUGCAGCCUAUUCCCUUCCCAAAAGAGGCUCUCGCGCACGCCAAAUUCACAAAAGAGCUGAAGUAUGUUAUUCAGAGGUUUGCAGAAGACCCCAGGCAGGAGGUACACUCGUGUCUCCUCAGCGUGCGUUCGGGGAAGGACGGCUGGUUCCAGCUGUACAGCCCGGGGGGUGUAGCCUGUGAUGAUGAUGGAGAGCUCUUCGCCAGUAUGGUGCACAUUCUGAUGGGCUCCUGCUACAAGACCAAGAAGUUCCUGCUGUCUCUGGCAGAAAACAAGCUGGGACCCUGCAUGCUGCUAGCUCUGAGGGCAAACCAGACCAUGGUGGAGAUCCUGUGUCUGAUGCUGGAGUAUAACAUCAUAGAGAAUAAGGACACCCAGCUGCAGAUCAUCUCCACGCUGGAGAGCACACAGGUGGGCCGGACCCUGUAUGAGCAGCUCUGUGAGCGGCAGAGAGAGCUGCGGGAACUGCAAAGGAAAGGUGGACCUACUCGACUUACACUGCCCUCAAAGUCUACAGACGCCGACCUGGCUCGGCUGCUGAGCUCCGGUUCCUUCGGGAACCUGGAGAACCUCAGCCUGGCCUUCACCAACGUCACCAGUGCCUGCGCCGAACAGCUCAUCAAACUGCCCUCCCUCAAACAGCUCAACCUGUGGUCCACCCAGUUUGGUGAUGCAGGGCUUCGGCUGUUGUCAGAGCACUUGGCGUGUCUGCAGGUGCUGAACCUGUGCGAGACGCCUGUCACAGACGCAGGCCUGAUGGCACUCAGCUCGAUGAAGAGCCUGUGCAGUCUGAACAUGAACAGCACCAAACUCUCGGCCGACACCUACGAGGACCUCAAGGCAAAGCUGCCCAAUCUAAAGGAAGUGGACAUCCGCUACACAGAGGCCUGGUGAUCACAAUCAUGCAUCAUCCCCGGAACCUUCUUUCUAGUGAUAUCAUACAGCUCAUGUUUUAGUGCUGGGACCCCAAAUGAAAGGGGCACCCACGUUGAGGUUUUUCAGUUAUUGCGGCUUCAUGGACCUCUGGAGCCAAUGCUUUUCUCAGGCUCCAAAAAUAUGUCCCAUAUAAGACAACAUUAUAGCGUCAUCACAACAAGAGGAUCUGCCGUCUUGUGAAAUCAUCAAAACCAAGGACCUACUCUCUUAGCGACAUUGCCAAACUGCAAGGAUCUGCUUGCUGGUGGCAUCAGAAAAACAAGAUAAACUACCUUCUACCGAUUUCAUCAUCACAAGCAGUUUGACUUUAUAAUGGUUUAGAAUUUUCAGAAAAAGAGGACCUACUUUGUAAUGAUAUCAUCAAGCCAAGACUAGCUACUUUUUGUGACAUCGUCAAACGCUCAGCAUUUCCCUCCUUUAUGUUCUGUGGUGAAUAUAAUCAAAAUGUCUCCUCUCCUCUCUCCUGUGGGUCCUCCAGUCAGCAAUCACUUCACCCUCAGAACACUGGGAGGUCUGCAUCCUCCUAAUCAGUUUAAACAUUGGUUGAAAUGAGACUUCAGUUGUGCCACGCUGAUAAGCACUGGAUUAGGGUGUUUUUGUCAGGCGAGAAUUUGGCCGCCCUGCCCAGGAUGCCACUGUCUGAUGUCAUGGCUCACAAUUUCCCUGUCGUGUCCAGGCAGGGGUUCAUUUCUGCCUUAGACCUCUGACAGAGGAUGAGGAGUUAUUGAAAGAUGGUGCCUACCCCCUACCCCGCCCCUUUUAACCAAUUUAUAUUGACUUGAAUUAACAUACUUUUUCCAGACAUCUCUGUGUUUAUAUAUAGAUUAUGUAGUCUCUUUACGGAUUUGUCUUUAUUUGAAAGCAGGCGUUCUGCUUCGCAGUCAGGAGAUUGAGAGGAAAGACGUCUCUUUCCCUUGUUUGUUUAACUCAGUUUAUUAAUCUUUAAUGUACAUAAAUCUGUGUAUAGCUCCCAUAUUUAAUUGAAAUGCUGUGUAGGAGGUGGUCUGGAACUGGCCCGUAUUUAUGAAUUACUCCUCCAUUUCCACUGUUCUCUCCUCUCUCUCCCAACUCUCUCUCUUAUCAACUCUCUGACCCUCUCUGUGGUUAUAUUCGGUGGUCAUUUUGCCCUUAAGCACCGCAGAGCUGUAUCCCUUCUUAUUGGUCAUUUCAUUUCGUCUCUCCUGUCUGAUUGGUCACUUUUCAGUGUCUCUUCUCUCUCACCGGCCAAUUCGUCUUGUGAUUGGCCGAACAGAGAUUUACAGGUAAAUCAGAGGUCUGCGAACGUAACACAGAGCACAUCUGCUCGUUUGCCUAUUUCUGUCAUGACCAAUCAAUGUUUUCUAUCUAUAUUGUAUACAGUUUUUAUAUAUACAUUGGUAAUGUGUAUAUAAAUGUAUAGGCAUAAAUGUAUAUAAUUUCCUUCUUUUUCCAUGGGAGACAGUUGUUGCCUCCAUAUUCUGUAUGUAUGUAUGUACAGUAUGUAUGUAUGUAUGUAUGUGCAUAUGUGAGUGCAUGCAAGUGUAUGCAGUGUGUAUGUGUAUGUGUUUUUCACAAGUGCACUGUAAUUUGAACUGUUACUGUCUGUCAUCGGUUAUCUUUUAAACUUUGUGUUUUAUUUUUUUUUAUAUAUGUUUCAGUCAGAUUGCUUGUGUUUUCAUGUACACCCGCUUGUGUUUUUUGUAAUUACACAUUUAAUUUUAUUUGCAUUUUUAGGGGUGUGCCGUAAGAAAGGAGCUGUGAUCACGAGGUAGAACGGGCGUGGGGUGUGUGCGCGCACGGUCAGCUCUGAGCGUGUGGACACAUUCAGGUGUGCUGCACACACACACUCCUGUGCUAUACUGUUUUGUAGAGUGACUGAUUUCUUGAAGCCACGCAGUACUUCUGUUAGAAGCUUCUUCUUUUCCUUUUUUUAAAGUGAGGAUAUCCCCAAUACCCACAGACAUCUGACAGGGAGCGUUAAGCAUCUUAACCAAUCGUUUUUUUUUUACUGUGUGAGAAGGGAAGGGGCAGUGUAACAGCAAAGGAAAUGACAUUUGAUGGUCUAAAAAGCCGUGCUUUCUUUGGUGUCUGCUGACUGUGUCCUAUGGAGCUAACACCAUAGGCCCUCCCCUCACCCUCUGUCCUGUUCAUCUGGGUUAAAAGCCAGACUUUUUCUUUUUUCUAUUUUUUCUUAUAUCUGAUAUCAGAAGGGUCAGUCAGUGGGCAGCUGUGUCUGAAACCGCAGGCUAAUUCCAGAGCCAAGAUGGCGCCCGCACGACUCCCGCUGCCCUUCUACCAACACAGAAGACUGAGUACGACUGUAAAACUGAAUCGGCAGUAAAACUGUGGAAAAGACUACGAUGUGAAUCCUUUUAAAUGAAAUAAACGAUCUGUGGAAGUUU